AUGCGCUCACGUGCAUCCCUCGCCAAAUCGCCCAAUGGCGGCUCGGAGGACGACGAGGAUGUUAGCGGCUCUUCCUCUUUCUCAGACGACCGCCACGAGCAGUCCGAUGCCGACAACGAGGACAGCGAUCUUUAUACGAACGAGCGCGAAGAGCAAUAUCCGGAAGAAUCGUCUGAGUCUACCCGGGCACGACCGAGUGCGAGGGGAAACCGCUCGGCAGCGCCAGUCGAUCAUACUCAGGUAGAAGCAGAUGCAAGCUUAGCACGAGACCUAGGAGUACGCAGAUCAGGACGCAACCAAGGCCAACAAUUAGGGCGACUCCAUUACCUCGGAUUAUAUUCGCAGCCCAAACCCGCGAAGACUAAGAAGGCGUUGAUUAAAGAGGAACACUCGCAAGGAACACCCACCACGCCCAACAGUUACUUCCAGAAUCUUUGGAUCUCUCGCAAAGCUGAGGAAGAUCGCGCACAUUCUUUUUCCAACCCAUUUUUACCGAGAGAAGUCGGCGACGUCGAUCGCUGGAUCGCCCAAGGACCUUCUCCGCCCCUCAAAAAUCCCUAUAUGAAGACUCAGGUACUCGAAGUUGAUCUUGUACAGCAAAAAGUAGCGAUGCGUGCUCAAAGCUUCGCUCCGCCAAUGAACGGCCAGGCAAACGGUAUUGUCCAAGAAUGGCUUUCUCCGAAUGACACGUUCCAGGAGGACUUCUCCGUAUUCAAGACUUUGAGCGAUGAUGAACAGCAAGCCGUUAUUCGCCGCGAAGCUGAGCAACAUGGAUUGGAAAAACCACAAGGAUAUAAUGUCUCCUUUCAUUACAACCCGCACGUGGAGUAUCACCAUUUCGGCAGCAGUCACCCAAUGAAGCCGUGGCGUCUGACCUUGACGAAGCAGCUAGUACUAGCCUAUGGUUUGGAGUAUACCAUGGACUGUUACGAGCCGCGCCCGGCAAGGUUCGAUGAGCUGGCGGUGUUUCAUGAUCGCGAGUACCUGUCGUUCCUUAGCCAAGUUACGCCACAGAACGCAAAACCCGAUGAUCCUGCAUAUCUAUCUUUCGGAUUUGGCGGGGAAUCUAACGACUGUCCCGUGUUUGACGGUCUCUGGAACUACGUCUCCAUAUACAGCGGUGCCUCGAUCAAUGCCGCAAACAAUUUGAACAACAAACAGUCCGACAUAGCGAUCAACUGGUCUGGCGGCUUGCACCAUGCCAAAAAGAACCUCGCUUCAGGCUUCUGCUACAUCAACGAUAUCGUCUUAGCUAUCCAGCUCCUUCUGACCAACAACCCGCGCGUCCUAUACAUCGACAUCGAUGUUCACCACGGAGAUGGCGUCGAGGCUGCCUUUGAAUCCUCGGAUAGGGUGUUCACUCUCUCAUAUCAUAAGUACGGUAUUGACAGGAAUGGCUAUCCCUUUUUCCCAGGAACCGGCAAUAUCCACGAAAUGGGUCCCACAGACCCUGCUAACCGCGGUAAAGGCCACAGCCUCAACAUACCCAUCGACGACGGUAUCGAUGACGAGCAGUACAAAUGGCUGUUCAAGACGGUCACCGGGGCCGUGAUCGAAAAGUACAAUCCAACGGCUAUUGUGCUCCAGUCUGGUGCCGACUCACUCGGCGGCGACCGCUUGGGCCGAUUCAACUUGAACAUCAAAGCACACGGCUUCUGCGUUGAAACCGUCAAGUCUUACGGACGCCCUCUCCUCCUCAUAGGCGGAGGAGGAUACACGCCGCGCAACGUGGCACGCACUUGGUGCCACGAGACAGCCGUCUGCGUUGGGGCGGAGCUGCACAACGAACUCCCCACGCACAUUCCAUACAUUCAAGCGUUCGAGGGUGCGGAAAACGGUGGUGGCAUACUGUACCCUGAUCUACACAACACUAAGCGGCACGACAACCUCAAUACCCAGGACAACCUGCACAAGCUCGUAACGCAAGCGCUUGAGAACUUGAGGUAUAUCGAGGGAGCGCCAAGUGUGGUGUGCAAUACGAUGGGUCUUACGGAGGAGCAGAUCAUGAAGGUUAGGGCCAUGGUUGACGAGGAGUUUGAAGAUGAUGCACAGGAUAGGGGGACACUAACGGUAGAGAACACUCGACGUCGCAAGGAGAGGGGCACGGGCGGGAGGGGAGAGAGGGGCCUGCGAUAA